UACUUCCCAUAUUUCUGAGACUAUGAUAUUCCAAACGCAGUGACUCACAUACGUUUAAAAGAAAAUGAACGGCGCCGGUGAAGAUACUACUCCGGCCACCUUCGACCACCAUGAGAUCCAUCAGAAUCCACUGAAUUCCAACCUCCAAAUCCCAAUCCCUGGCCCUAACCCUAACAUUAACAAUUUCUCUCACUCAAAUUCCCACCAGUACCAUCUCAUUUCUCCGCCACAACCGCAGCCGCAAACCAACCGCCGGCCUCGAGGUUUCGCCGUCACCGCCGGAAAUUCCUCCGGAAGCGGCGAUGUAAAAGGGAGGAGAGAGAGGGAAAAAGAAAAGGAGCGAACGAAGCUGCGGGAGCGGCAUCGGCGAGCCAUCACUAGCCGAAUGCUCGCGGGACUCCGGCAGUACGGCAAUUUCCAUCUUCCAGCACGUGCGGACAUGAACGACGUGCUCGCCGCCCUAGCGCGCGAGGCUGGAUGGAUGGUUGAGCCUGACGGCACCACUUAUCGCUCUUCUCCGCCUCCCUCUCAAUUGGGAGGGCUUCCUGUUAGGUCAUCUGAUAGUCCCCUUUCUGCUAGUUCUUUGAAGAAUUGCUCCAUGAAACCAUCAUUAAAUUGUCAGCCAACAGUUCUUGGAAUUGAUGAAAAUUUGUCACCAGCAUCUCUUGAUUCUGUUGUCGUUACAGAGAUGGAAACAAAAAAUGAGAAAAAUACUAGUACCAGCAAUAUUGACUCACCUGAAUCAUUGGAGGCACAUCAGUUAAUACAACACGUUCAAUCAAACUUGUGUGAGAAUGAUUACUCUGGAACCCCACAUGUUCCUGUGUAUAUUAAGCUUUCAAGUGGCAUCAUCAACAGUUACUGCCAGCUUGUUGAUCCUGAAGGCAUUAGACAGGAGCUAAAGCAUAUGAAAUCAUUGAAUGUGGAUGGUGUCGUUGUAGACUGUUGGUGGGGAAUUGUUGAAGGAUGGAGUCCGCAGAAGUAUACGUGGUUGGGAUAUAGGGAAUUAUUCAUGAUCAUCAGAGAAUUUCAGCUGAAAGUUCAGGUUGUGUUGGCAUUUCAUGAGUAUGGAGGAAGUGAUUCUGGUAAUGUAUUCAUCUCACUCCCCCAUUGGGUUCUGGAGAUUGGGAAAGAUAACCAAGACAUAUUCUUCACGGAUCGUGAAGGACGGAGAAAUACUGAGUGUAUAUCAUGGGGUAUUGACAAGGAACGAGUUUUAAGAGGAAGAACUGGUAUAGAGGUUUACUUUGAUCUCAUGAGAAGCUUCCGUUCAGAGUUUGAUGAUAUUUUUGCUGAUGAUCUUAUCACUGCUGUUGAAAUUGGCCUUGGAGCAUCCGGGGAACUAAAGUUUCCUUCUUUCCCAGAAAGGUUGGGAUGGAGAUAUCCUGGUAUUGGUGAGUUUCAGUGUUAUGACAGAUACUUACAACAGAAUUUAAGGAAGGCUGCAAAAUUGCGUGGACACUCCUUUUGGGCAAGGGGCCCUGAUAAUGCAGGGCAUUAUAAUUCAAGGCCACCUGAAACUGGAUUUUUCUGUGAAAAAGGUGACUACGAAAGCUACUUUGGGCGCUUUUUCCUGCACUGGUAUGCACAGAUGUUGAUAGACCAUGCUGACAAUGUAUUAUCGCUGGCAAGUCUUGCAUUUGAGGAAACACAGAUAAUUGUUAAGAUUCCAGCAGUCUAUUGGUGGUACAAGACCCCAAGCCAUGCAGCAGAGCUUACCGCAGGGUACUAUAAUCCCACAAAUCGGGAUGGAUACUCUCCUGUUUUUGAAGUUUUCAAAAAGCAUUCUGUGGCAGUGAAGUAUGUUUGUCCGAGAUCACGUAUUCAUUGUCGGGAAAAUGAUGAGUCAUUUUCUGAUCCUGAAAGUUUGAGUUGGCAGGUAUUAAGUGCAGCUUGGGACUGUGGUUUGACUAUUGCUGGUCAAAACGCUGAUCCGUGUUUUGACAGGGGAGAGCACAUAAAAAUGAUUGAGACUUCAAAGCCAAACAACGAUCCCGACCGGCGCCAUUUUUCAUUUUUUGUGUAUCAGCUACCAUCUCCUUUUGUCCAGAGAACAUAUUGUUACUCAGAGUUGGACAAUUUCAUCAAAAACAUGCAUGGAGAAAAUGGAUGUCAUGAAGAACCUGCUCAAGUCUAGUCUACAGUAUCUUGGAGCUAGAGCACGCUUCUCCUUUGAUGAAACUUGCCUUGAACACAUGCAAGCUAGCAAGCUCUUCUUAGACCAUAAGCUAGAAAGCUGAGAUCUGGUACACUGCUGUGAAAUGUUAAUGUAAAACUAAAGUGAUGUGAAACAUUAUCUUAUUGUUGUUAUUACUACAGUUGACCCAAUUAUUUUAGGCACCUUUUUCAAUGCAUGAUUCAAACAUUUAUAUCUUAUAA